AGAAACAGGAAGUGGGACCAAAACAAAGGAGCGGCGGCUGGGAGCGGACUUGCCUCUUUCUCCCUUUUCCGGCUCGUAUUGGCCCUGGCCACAGACCCCUAGGAGCCGUUCAACCAUGUCUAACAUGGAGAAACACCUGUUCAACCUAAAGUUCGCCGCCAAAGAACUCAGCAGGAGUGCCAAAAAAUGCGACAAGGAGGAAAAGGCCGAAAAGGCCAAGAUUAAGAAGGCCAUUCAGAAGGGCAACAUGGAAGUGGCGAGGAUACACGCCGAAAAUGCCAUUCGCCAGAAGAACCAAGCGGUGAAUUUCUUGAGAAUGAGUGCGCGGGUCGAUGCCGUGGCUGCCAGAGUCCAGACGGCGGUGACGAUGGGCAAGGUGACCAAAUCGAUGGCCGGUGUGGUUAAGUCGAUGGAUGCGACGUUGAAGACUAUGAAUCUGGAGAAGAUCUCCGCUUUGAUGGACAAAUUUGAGCACCAGUUUGAGACGCUGGACGUCCAGACGCAGCAAAUGGAAGACACGAUGAGCAGCACGACUACGCUGACCACUCCCCAGAACCAAGUGGAUAUGCUGCUCCAGGAAAUGGCAGACGAGGCCGGCCUAGACCUCAACAUGGAGCUGCCGCAGGGGCAGACCGGCUCUGUGGGCACGAGCGUGGCCUCCGCCGAGCAGGAUGAACUAUCCCAGAGACUGGCCCGCCUUCGGGAUCAGGUGUGACGACAGAACCCACUCUGAGAUUUCCUGGCCUUAGCCACCUUCUGAAAUCCUCUGUAUAUUAGUGAGAUACUACUAUACACUAGAAACUCCGAACAUGCCAGAAUGCUGAAAUGCUCUUUACUUAAGAUGCUUCUACCUUUGGGUUUACAGUGCUCUCCGGAUACACUAAAAAAUUCCAGGCUCCCUCCAUCUUAACUGGAUUUUGAAAUUCCGCAUAGCUUGUGAUGAUGUGUAUUUUUAUAGCUGCCUUUUAACAGAACUAGUUAAUUUGAUGUGUUUGAAUCUUUCUCAAAAAUUUGGUCAAAACUCUUGUUCGGUGUAUUCAGUUUUCUGCCUGAAUUAUACAAAAUUGGAGAUUUUUUUUUUUAGUGUGAUUAGUAAUAUUAGAAUUGACAGGUGGCCGUAAAAAUUAAAAGAGGAGAAUGAUUA